AUGCACGGUGAAAUCCAAAGUGUCCGGAAGGUUUGCGGACCGACUCCCCGGUACUCACGUCCGAAGUCGAAUUCACUUUCAACUAUUUCCUACCACUAUAUCUCGUGUAAUAUUCGUCCUAGCUCUAUUCUACCUCUGUCCAUUCACGUUUCUCUUUCAAUGCACUAUCCGGUGUUAAAGUUUGAAAGCAGUCGGUUGAAAGCUCGCAAAGUUGACUUUAGAAAAAUAUCGAAAAUCUCACGGGGACACGGUCGGGGAAUUUCAGGAUUGAAGCUUUUAAACGUAUUCUAUGCAGGCGCCGUCUCCGGGGUUGACGUCGGGUGGUCCUCGUCCGCCGGAAUCCGUCUUCAGAUAUCCGGUUAUCGAUUGUCGAGAAAAAAUAUCACGGACCGCGGUGACGACUCCCAGCUACCCGGCGACUGUCCCUUGACCGCGGUUCGUCUCCCCGUAGGCCGUUUCGGCGUUCGAGAAAAAAUGAAGCCUGACUUCAAUCCUGCGAAUUCCCAGAAUUUGUCCUCGUGA